UGAAAAAAAGUGGAGUUUGGGAAGUGAAUUUGACAGGGAGGUAGAGUGAAGGAAACGUUGACAUUGAACGUGCCUGGCUGGCGCGGACGAAUGAAACGAUGCGUUUUUGCCAUGUCACGUCAUUCACCGUGUUCUUUGGGGGCUUAGAAAGAAAAAGAAAACGGUUCAUUCAUUAAUCUCUCUCUGUUUCGUUUAGUUUUGUGCUUUGUUGUCUCUGCGUUGUUGAAUGCAUUAUUCAACCAUACAAACAAGAAUGCAAGCUUUGCAGAACGCCGGGAUCCGCGUUUUUCGACGGCUCCAUUCCAUGCUGUCUUAACCUCCCCCUUUCUCCGCAUUGCCAUCUUCUAGUAAUUUCCGUUACCACAAUUGGUUGCUGUGUCCGAUUCUCUCCUAUUUUACGAUUUUCUUGCAACCAUAUGGAGGAUUAAAGCACUGCGUGUCGGUGUGUCGUGUCGGAGAAAUUGAGGUUCAUCGGCGCGAACAAUGUCUGGUCUGGGUGAACGCCAAACGGUUCCCCUUUCGGUGCUGCUGAAGCGUGAGUUGGCCAACGAGAAAACUGAGAAGCCGGAUGUUGUCCUCGUGCACGGUCAAGCCAGUGAGAAUAAGAAAGGAGAGGAUUUCACGCUGCUGAAGACGGAAUGCCAGAGGGUGGUGGGAGAUGGGGUUUCUACGUAUUCUGUUUUUGGGCUAUUUGAUGGACAUAAUGGAUCUGCUGCCGCUAUUUAUGCCAAGGAGAAUCUUCUGAACAACGUUUUAAGUGCAAUUCCUUCUGAUCUUAACAGAGAUGAGUGGGUUUCAGCGUUGCCUAGGGCUUUGGUUGCAGGCUUUGUAAAAACUGAUAAAGAUUUUCAAAGAAAAGCACAAACAUCAGGAACAACUGCAACCUUCAUGAUUAUAGAUGGAUGUGUUGUGACAGUUGCAUCAGUUGGUGAUUCCCGUUGCAUACUUGAACCUCAUGAGGGUGGGAUUUAUUACUUGUCAGCAGACCAUAGACUAGAUAGCAACGAAGAGGAGAGGGUCCGCAUCACUUCUAGUGGAGGUGAGGUUGGUCGUCUAAAUACAGGGGGAGGCACAGAGGUUGGUCCUUUGAGAUGUUGGCCAGGUGGUUUGUGUCUCUCCCGAUCCAUUGGUGAUAAGGAUGUUGGUGAAUUUAUUGUCCCUGUACCACACGUAAAGCAAGUGAAGCUUUCUACUGCUGGAGGCAGGAUCAUUAUCAGCAGUGAUGGUGUCUGGGAUGCUCUAACAGCAGAAAUGGCCUUUGAUUGCUGUCGUGGCAUGUCAGCUGAGGUUGCCGCACCACAUAUUGUGAAAGAAGCCGUGCAAGCAAAGGGACUUAGAGAUGACACAACCUGCAUUGUUAUUGAUGUAUAUCCGCAGGAGAAGCCACCUACUUCAGGGACAACACAAAAGAAACCGGUAAAAGGAAGGCUUAAGUCCAUUUUUCGCAAAAAGUCCUCUGAAUCAUCAUCUUACAUUGACAAACAAUACCUCGAGCCAGAUGUGGUACGGGAACUAUACGAGGAAGGAUCUGCUAUGCUUUCAGAGAGGUUGGAAACAAAAUAUCCACUCUGCAACAUGUUCAAGUUGUUUGUCUGCGCAGUGUGUCAGGUAGAGAUUAAACCUGGGGAGGGUAUUUCCAUACACGUGGGUGCGUCUAAUCCAGGAAGGUUGCGUCCCUGGGAUGGACCUUUCCUUUGUUCAAGUUGCCAGGAGAAGAGAGAAGCCAUGGAAGGGAAGCGAACAUCAGAUAGACUUAGCAGCGGAAGUGACUAAUGAAUUAUCAUGUAAAUUUGCAUAUUGAGAAACAAAGAUUGUUACAGUAACGGGAAGCUCAAACUUCCAAGCAACAGUGACUUCUUUAUUAGAUUACAAGGGAGGCUUCUCUAAAUACGGGUCUAUUUUGGAAAUUUUCAUGAAGAACAGUGUGGAGCUUUCUGUGUUAUUCCAGUCAGUAGAUCAACAAACAAUUGCAGCUUGAUGGAAGAAUUCUGACUUAAGAGAGGAGUUUGAACCACCGAAGUGUAGUGUUAAAAGUGGAAAUGUACAACAGGACGUCGAGGUGAUUCAUUAUUUUAUUCCUUUUUUCUCCCCAUAUCCAUUCAUCUGUAUAUAGGUCUUUUGGAAUCACGAAAUCGACCUUUAAUGGAAGUGGCCUUUGUUGUAUUGUGCUUCAGAGAGGGUAUUCAGUUUCUUUUCUUGGGAAUACAAGGGAGUUUAUUUGGAAUUCAUGUAGACCAGUUCCACUAUAGAAUAGAUGUUUUUCAAAAAAGAAGAAAAAAUUCGAUUCUCGUUAAGGUUUCUCAA